AUGUGGCACAAAAGGCGAAAAGGACGGCAACCUAACCAUCAAAUUGAUUGCGAGUCGCUAUUGGCGUCCAUACUGUUGGCCGCGACCAUAGGUCUGAUUGGGGGCACCGGGAGCGGCGCCGGGUGUCCCGAGUACUGCGAGUGCAAGUGGUCCAACGGCAAGGAGACGGUCAACUGUGAUCAUAAAUUAGAUGGUAUACCCGUUGGUAUCCCCAGCGCCACACAAACAAAGCCCACGUUGGCGACCCCGGGUGUGUUCAGAGAUAUAUCUGACGACUCGUUCCUUCAGUUAACAAAUUUAGUUGAAAUCGAUUUGUGCGACAAUUCAUUAGAAUAUAUACCGACAGUAAGCCUACAAAAGUGCAAAUCGUUGCGAAAGUUGUCGCUGUGUGUGAACCCCAUCCGUACCGUCAGAUCGGACUCAUUCGCAAACUUAAACUCUUUGGUGACAAUAGACUUGUCUUUGUGUCAAAUCGAGACCAUCGACGCCAACGCCUUCAAAGGUCUUCAAGAGCUCCGAUCCCUAAGACUGGACGCCAAUCGGUUGCGAACUCUGUCGGUGUCGGCGCUGAUAGGCCUCCACGGCCUGCACGCCCUCCAUCUCCAUCAAAACCCCUGGCACUGUGACUGUCAACUCAGGCAUACGGUCGAGUGGUUGACCCGCAAUACCGUUCCCCAGACUCUAUGGCCCACAUGUAAGACGCCCCACAGAAUCGAAGGCUAUUCGUGGCAUACACUGAACCUGGAUGAAUUCUCGUGUUCGCCCGUAAUUCACACACAAUUAACGCAUUUUCACUCAAACAUCGGCCAAAACCUAACCAUCUAUUGCACAGUCAGUGGUUUCCCGAUGCCAUCCAUCAGCUGGAAGUUUGGUGUCGAUGCCGGCGGCGACCCCAGAGACCGCACAAACGUCUCCUUAGACGAUGACAAACGCUUUCUCAUUGAGAAAGUGGCGGUUAAUGAGACUUUCGUCUCCUCUUAUAUCACUAUUAAUGAUCUUCAGCUCCACGACAGUCAACAACUGAUAUGUUUGGCCGCAAACAAAGGCGGUUCCGCCCACAAGAACUUCAGUGUCACUGUUAGCCAAACAUCGCAUACAUUAGACGCUGUCAUAGAUUUGCCUAAAUUUCGUAUCGUAUGCUACAUAAUAGGACUGGUAAUUGCAUUCAUAUUAGUGGUCAUCCUAUUUGUGAUGCCAUUGAUUCGCUCCAAGAGAUGCUCAUCGGUCCGCACGUCGACCCUAUCGCCCAAAUUAGGUCCAAUAGAUAUCCUGCAAAACGUCAAGAAUAGCGACUUAGAGAUGAAGACUAUUCUGACUAAUAAGCCGGAGAUCGCGUUGAUAUCCGACAUAAUUAGGGACACGACAGGCCUGAAGCCCUACAGGUUCGGCUCGGACCCCCUCACCACACCUGAUGUGGCCAACUUCGGGCCCCAUUACUCGGCUCAGCCCCCGUUGACGGCAUCCAAUCGGUCGUCAAUAAUCAGUACGAGUGUGUCGUUUGAUACGUUCCGCUCCACUCCCCCACCACUACUCCACUCCCAGCUACCAGUGCUCGACUCCAGCGAACCAAAGGUUGUAUACAAUAACCACUCGAAUGGUGCUCAACAACAGUAUGACAAUCGCUUUCACUACACAAAACUCAACACAAUUAGUGUAAUGAAUAAUAAAAGCCAACACAACGGUGUGAAUGAGUGCCAGAAAUUAUAUACAUUCAGUGCUAAUCACAUGAGAGACCAGACUAUGAGUGCCGUCAGUGACAUGACAUCGUCUUCAGCACCAGAACUAAAGCCAUUCCUAAGUCACUCGCAAUCGCAUUGUUUAGCAUUAGAUAAAGAACUUGCGAGUGAUUUGAAGGCAACACAGAAUCUGCUUACCAUUAAUGCCAAUAAUAGUAUUUCUGUUACACAAGUCUGAUAAUAAUAGACCCAUUCAUGACUGGCCACCACUCUAUCGCGACCAACCAUUGUCUCUCCCAUUGAUCCCUACAUACAGAACCACUCCAUUCACGAGUCUUAAUCAACACAACUAUUUAAUGGUCAAACAAAACAGCUGUCACUGACCUCUCUCUCUCUCUCUCUCUCUCUC